CACACACACUCCCCCCACCCCUUGCGCGUCUCCACCACCUUCUCAAGUUGUAGCGGACGCUCGCUGGGGGUUCUCCGUGGGCGGCGGAAGGGCGCGUGGGGGAGGGGGCUAGGACGGCUCCGCGCUGCGAGGAGCGCGCGCGCGUAUGUGUGUGUGUGUGUGCGUGCCCAGAGCCCGGGCGGCGGGUCACCGCCCUGGGAGAUGAGGGGCUGGCGCUGACAGGGAAGAGCGGGCGCCGUGGCGGUGGCAGCGGCUCGGAGGGGACCCGCGAUGGCAGCGCCUCUGGAGGAGGCUCCAUGCAGGGCGGGCUGCGCUGGUAGCGGCCACUGAGGUGCUGGCCGGCCGGCUGGCUGGCAACCUGGGCUGAAGGAACGAGAGGCGCGCUCGACGUCCGCACCCCUGCGCCCUCGCCUCAGUUGUCUAAACUUCAGGCUCCCUUCCACCGCCCUUGGCGCCCGGAGUCAACAACUUCUUCACCCCCCUCCGCCCCCGCCCUUGCCUCCGGGAGCCCGCCGCGCAGCGGGGACCAGGAACCUCCGGUACUGAGAUGCGACCGUGAGGCGUUGGCGGGCAGCGAGGAGAAGCUCGGCGGCGCCCGGGAGCAGAAGGGCGGUGUGGCCGGGGGGACGGGGCGGAGGGGCGCGAGCGCUCCGCGCCUCUCCCCCGCAUCCUCCUUCUGCCGCCGCCCGUUCCGUGCAAGCAGCAGCCGGAGCUGCCAAGCGCCAGGGCUGCGGAGAUGUCGUCGUCGUCGCCGCCGGCGGGGACUGCCAGCGCCGCCAUCUCGGCCUCGGAGAAAGUGGACGGCUUCACCCGGAAAUCGGUGCGCAAGGCGCAGAGGCAGAAGCGCUCCCAGGGCUCGUCGCAGUUCCGCAGCCAGGGCAGCCAGGCGGAGCUGCACCCCUUGCCCCAGCUCAAAGAUGCCACUUCAAAUGAACAACAAGAGCUCUUCUGUCAGAAAUUGCAGCAGUGUUGUGUACUGUUUGAUUUCAUGGACUCUGUUUCAGACUUGAAGAGCAAAGAAAUUAAAAGAGCAACACUGAACGAACUGGUUGAGUAUGUUUCAACUAAUCGUGGUGUGAUUGUUGAAUCAGCGUAUUCUGAUAUAGUAAAAAUGAUCAGUGCUAACAUCUUCCGUACUCUUCCUCCAAGUGAUAAUCCCGAUUUUGAUCCAGAAGAGGAUGAACCCACGCUUGAGGCCUCGUGGCCUCACAUACAAUUGGUGUAUGAAUUCUUCUUAAGAUUUUUGGAGAGCCCUGAUUUCCAGCCUAGUAUUGCAAAGCGAUACAUUGAUCAGAAAUUUGUACAACAGCUCCUGGAGCUUUUUGAUAGUGAAGAUCCCAGAGAACGUGACUUUCUGAAGACUGUUCUGCACCGAAUUUAUGGGAAAUUUCUUGGAUUAAGAGCAUUCAUCAGAAAACAAAUUAACAACAUUUUCCUCAGGUUUAUAUAUGAAACAGAACAUUUCAAUGGUGUUGCUGAGCUCCUUGAAAUACUAGGAAGUAUUAUCAAUGGCUUUGCAUUGCCACUGAAAGCAGAACAUAAACAAUUUCUAAUGAAGGUUCUUAUUCCUAUGCAUACUGCAAAAGGAUUAGCUUUGUUUCAUGCUCAGCUAGCCUACUGUGUUGUACAGUUCCUGGAGAAAGAUACAACACUAACAGAACCAGUAAUCAGAGGAUUGCUAAAAUUUUGGCCAAAAACAUGCAGUCAGAAAGAGGUGAUGUUUUUAGGAGAAAUUGAAGAAAUCUUAGAUGUCAUUGAACCAACUCAGUUCAAAAAAAUUGAAGAGCCCCUUUUUAAGCAGAUAUCCAAGUGUGUAUCCAGUUCUCAUUUUCAGGUUGCAGAAAGGGCAUUGUACUUCUGGAAUAAUGAAUAUAUUCUUAGUUUGAUUGAGGAGAAUAUUGAUAAAAUUCUGCCAAUUAUGUUUGGUAGUUUAUACAAAAUCUCCAAAGAACACUGGAAUCCGACCAUUAUAGCACUGGUCUACAAUGUACUGAAAACCCUAAUGGAAAUGAACGGCAAGCUUUUCGAUGACCUUACUAGCUCAUACAAAGCUGAAAGACAAAGAGAGAAAAAGAAGGAAUUGGAACGUGAAGAAUUAUGGAAAAAAUUAGAGGAGCUAAAGCUAAAGAAAGCUCUAGAAAAGCAGAACAGUGCUUACAACAUGCACAGUAUUCUAAGCAAUACAAGUGAUGAAUAAAGAAAAGCCUGCCACCUCUGUUGGAGAGGCAGUUUUGUACACUUUUUUGAAAUAUGUAAAAAUUGUGAAACCUCAUCAGUAUAAUUAAAAGGCCAAUUUUUUUCUGGCAACUAUAAAUGAAAAAAUAUAUGGACUAAACAUAGCCCUGUGCUAUUCCAUGGCCACAGUAUAUUGUAACCUUUGUCUAAUCAUUGAUUUAUUGUGUCACUUCUGAAGUUUCACAGAAAUGAAUGAACUUUAUCAUCUAUAAUAUGAGUGAUAUAAUUAUGGGAGUGGUUAAGAAUUAUGACUUGAAUUCUUUUUUUUGAUUGUGUUGCACAUAGAUAUAGUCUGCUCUGUAUAUUUUUCCCUUUUAUAAUGUGCUUUUCACAUUGCUGCAGACCUUAGUUACAUCCUAGGAAAGAGAGUAUUUCCUGAAAUAAAACUAAGGUAUAAUCCUUUCCCUUUCCUGUCUCUCCCAGAAAUAGGAUGGAGGGAAUCACCUACCCUAAGCCUUCCUUCAUUAGAGGUAUUACUGCUCUGGAAUUUGAGCAAAAACUUAAAUCUCCAGGCUUUUUAAAGCACAAAAUAUAAAUAAAAGCUGGGAAAGUAAACCAAAUUUUCAUGACUGUCCCCCUUCCCCUGCAAGUCCCCAGAGUGGAGGCAGCGCCGGUGACCACUCAGCCUGCCUCAGCCAUUCCUCCGCUUCCUCGGGAAGCAGCCCUUCCAGGCGCACACCCUGCCCUCCCUCCUGUCCCUCCUGACCCUGGGAUGGAGGCUUCGAGCCUUUGAGCCCCGCGAGCGAGCACUGUGGUGACGCAGGGUGCUCACUGUCACUGCCUGGCUUUAUUUAAAGGAAAUGCAGUAGGCUUCCUCUGUAGAGUUCUGAGAAAAUUGACUAUAGAGAAGUCUUGUAUGUUUUUACUUGGUCAAGUAUUUCUCACAUCUUUUGUUAUCAGAGUACCAUUCCAAGCUCUUAACUUGCAGUUGUGUGGAGAACUGUUUUGUAAUAGAAGAUCUUCACUGGGGGAUUGAGCAGCAUUUAAUAAAGUCUAUGUUUGUAUUUUG